GAAGGCCAUUGGUUUUGCUAAGACACAGUGGAAAAAUGUAAUAAAAAGAUAAGUGUCGACUAAAAAAAAAAUACAAAUCAGUUUUUAUUGGUAAUGUCAAAAUAAUAAAUAACUUUGGACUCGAUGAAAGGGUCACGGAGGAAGCGCAGAAAGAUGGAGCGCUGCUGCCGAAGGGAACAUCAUCGGUACCCUUUUCAGUACAACUUGGCGCAUUCAAUGCCUUCGCAGCCUAGUGAGCAAUCUGGCCGUAUCACGAGUUUCCUGUACAACGUUUUCGUACUUACAAGUUUGGUCGCUCUUGUGUACUUUACUUUGGAGUACCAUUGUAGCACGUGCAAUGCAAAAAGUAACCUUAUGGCACUUACAGAAAAUAUUGAUCAUAUUGCGCAAAACUUGAUAAUAAUAAAAAGUAACUACCAAGAACUGGAAUCAAAGUUUACCAUGUUUACUGAAGAACUUCCAAAGAUCCAAGAGCAAAUGGGAAUACUGAAUGAUCUAUCUGAUAUCAUGGAACAAAACCAAUGUCCCGUCACCCAUGUGUGCCCUAAAUCAGACGUAUAUCCCCAUGUAUAUAAUUUAAAAUACAUGAGGGCUACUCACAGAGCACGCAAAAGACCAGAUAACCAACUACACCGUUUGAAGGGCUCUAAUAAUAAUAAUACCGCAGUAUCGCAAAUACCAGCAAGUUAUUCAAAAUUAAUAGUGUAAAAAAAAAACAAUGACAGCAUAGUAUUAUUUAUUUAUUCUGGUAUAAAAAAAUGUUGU